AUGGCUUCCACCCAAGAGCUUAACAUCGGGCAGAAACUGAACGAGGGGAAAACCAAGCAGAUCUUCGAGAUCGUGGAUCAGCCCGGGCUGGUUUUGGUGCAGUCCAAAGACCAGAUCACUGCCGGGAAUGCAGUGAGGAAAGACCAGAUGGAGGGCAAAGCGGCCAUUGCAAAUAAAACUACGAGCUGCGUGUUUGGACUGCUGCAGGAAUCUGGUAUCAAGACGGCCUUUGUGAGGCAGCAUUCGGACACUGCGUUCGUGGCAGCGCACUGCGAGAUGAUUCCCAUCGAAUGGGUGUGUCGCAGGGUGGCCACCGGCUCCUUCCUUAAGAGGAACCCGGGAGUGAAAGAGGGCUACCGCUUCUCCCCGCUCAAGAUGGAGAUUUUUUUCAAAGAUGAUGCCAACAAUGACCCCCAGUGGUCGGAGGAGCAGCUGCUGGAGGCCAAGUUCUGCCUGGCUGGACUUGACAUCGGCCGUUGCGAGGUGGACAUCAUGAGCCGUAGCACAGUGGCCAUCUUUGAAAUCCUGGAGAAGGCCUGGGCCACACAGAAUUGCACACUGGUUGACAUGAAGAUUGAGUUUGGUGUGAACGUAAAGACUCAGGAGAUCGUCCUGGCUGAUGUGAUCGACAACGACUCCUGGAGGCUGUGGCCGUCUGGAGAUAGGAGCCAGCAGAAAGAUAAGCAGGUGUACAGAGACCUCAAAGAGGUGACCCCUGAGGCCAUGCAAAUGGUUAAAAGAAACUUUGAGUGGGUUUCCGAAAGGGUCAAGCUGCUGCUGGAGUCCGAGGCCAAUGGCAGGGUGGUGGUCCUGAUGGGCUCCACUUCAGACUUGGCCCACUGUGAAAAGAUCAAGAAGGCCUGCAGUUCCUACGGGAUUCCGUGUGUGCUGCGAGUCACCUCAGCUCACAAAGGCCCCGACGAGACGUUGCGCAUUAAAGCGGAAUACGAAGGUGACGGAAUUCCCACUGUGUUCGUGGCGGUAGCUGGCAGGAGUAACGGCCUUGGCCCAGUGAUGUCAGGUAACACCGCUUAUCCCGUGAUCAACUGCCCACCCAUCACGCCUGACUGGGGCUCCCAGGACGUUUGGUCUUCACUUCGUUUGCCCAGCGGUUUGGGAUGUUCCACCAUUCUCUCCCCCGAUGCAGCCGCUCAGUUUGCGGCUCAGAUUUUCGGGUUGACCAAUCACCUGGUGUGGUGUAAGCUGAGGGCUUCCAUGCUCAACACCUGGGUGGGCCUCAAGGUGGCUGACAAGAAGCUCCAGGCAUGCAGCCUCUGA